CGUAACGAGAGACAAAAUAAAAUGUUGUUAUUGUGAAUGUGUUUGUUUUAUUUGUUAUUUGAUUAGACAUGAUUUUGAAACAUUUUCAUAGGAGUACCUAUGAAGUACUAUGUAAUGUACUUUGUACUAUUUCAUAAAUUCAAAACAGAGUGAUUAUUUAUGAUAGCCCCACGACAAAAUGAAUUUAAAAAUUAAUUUCGUUUAUAAUCACGACUUGAAAUGUAAAAACGAUUUAUCUUAUCUAUUUAUCGAAAGGCAGACUGUGUAGUACGAUAAAUCCUAGACAGAACAUAAUUUAUCACCUAUUAAUAUUGAACCAACAUUUUUCAUAAUUUCACCUUAAAGUUUGUGAUGAAGCGUUACUUUCUAAGAUUGCUUCGACUAAAGACUCUCGCCAGUAUUACUUUAAUAGUAGCAAUAGUGUAUAUUUUCCGAUAUCUUGGUGAUAAUAAUAUAAAGUCUGCAUCUAUUCAAAGAGAAUUGAAGGAAUCGCUAACUGCAGAUGAAAAGGAUUAUUUUGUUCCUAAAAGUUUGAAGAAGAUUGAUUGGCAUAAUCAUGAGAAGAUUAAUGAUGAAAGCAGACGAAAAGGUACUGGUGAACAAGGGCUUCCGGCAUAUUUAUCAAAAAAUGAGAAACACUUGGAAGAUGAAUUGUACUCCGUGAAUGGUUUUAAUGGAGCUCUCAGUGAUAAGAUACCAUUGAAUCGCUCCCUGCCUGAUAUCAGACACAUUGGCUGCAAGAAACGUCUCUAUAUUGAGUCUUUACCAACUGUGAGUGUGGUUGUGCCAUUCCAUAAUGAGCAUUGGAGUACAUUGCUUCGAACAGCAUAUAGUGUGUUGAAUAGAUCACCAGAGUUUUUGAUCAAGGAGAUUUUUUUGGUGGAUGAUGCUAGUACCAAAGCAUUCUUAAAGCAAAAGUUGGAAGAUUAUAUCAGUGAGAAUGUGCCGAAAGUUAAAGUGAUCCGGCUGGCGCAGCGCAGUGGUCUCAUUGCGGCGAGACUAGCUGGCGCCGCGCGCGCUACCGCUGACGUUCUGCUGUUCCUGGACUCGCACACCGAGGCCUCCGUCAACUGGCUACCACCACUGCUGGAGCCCAUAGCGCUGGACUACCGCACCGUCGUGUGCCCCUUCAUCGACGUGAUUGCCUUCGACACGUUCGAGUACCGCGCACAGGACGAGGGCGCGCGAGGAGCCUUUGACUGGGAGUUGUACUACAAGCGCCUGCCGCUGCUACCCGCAGAUCUCGCCCGCAUGCCCGACCCCUUCCCGAGUCCGGUGAUGGCGGGCGGCCUGUUUGCAAUCGCCCGCAAGUUCUUCUGGGAGCUGGGCGGCUACGACCCUGGCCUGGAUAUCUGGGGCGGGGAGCAGUACGAACUCAGCUUUAAGAUCUGGCAGUGCGGCGGGCGCCUGGUGGACGCGCCGUGCUCGCGCGUGGGUCACGUGUACCGCAAGUUCGCGCCCUUCCCCAACCCGGGCCACGGAGACUUCGUCGGCAAAAAUUACAGGCGCGUAGCGGACGUGUGGAUGGACGAGUUUGCGGAGCACCUGUACCGGCGCCGGCCGCACUACCGCAACCUGGACCCUGGCGACCUGAGCGAGCAGCGCGCGCUGCGGACCCGUCUGCGCUGCAAGCCCUUCCGCUGGUUCAUGACGCAGGUUGCCUUUGAUCUGACUGCGAAGUAUCCGCCGGUGGAACCUGCGCCGUUCGCUCAAGGCAGGGUCCGUCCGCUAGCAGAGCCUGCGCUGUGUGUGGACGCUCGCCACGCGCAGCAAAUGCAGCGCCUGCAGCUACGACCGUGUGGCGACACUCCUGCGGCGGAGCAGCACUUUCUGCUGACCUGGCACAAGGACAUCAGAUGUAAAGAUAGAAACAUGUGUUGGGACCUUCCCGACGCCUCCCCCAAGAGUCCGAUCUUACUCUACGGGUGUCACCUUGGAGGUGGUAACCAGCUCUGGAGAUAUCAUCCUAGUACGAAGCAACUGAAGCACGGCGACAACGAUAAGUGCUUGGAUUUCGAGCGCAGCUCACGGGAGUUGUUCGUGCGGCCGUGCGACCAGCGCGCGACGCAGUUCUGGCUGCUGGACCACGUGGAGCCCGAGCUGAUGGCCGCCUGGGAGACUGUCGGGCUCCGCCCCACUGGCCCGCCUCCUGACCUCGCCAGCUAGCGAUACAUAUUUUGUUCACCCCGUUUCGCCCGUAUUCAACUUUUUUGAUGCAAGUUUUUCAGAACCAUAAAAAGACUGAUAAAUCUGAAAAAAAUGUGAAAAAAGGUUUAUAAGAAAAAGAAGGUUCUUUAGAAAAUAAAAGAUAACAUUUAGUAAAAAUUAGCGCAAACGUAGGCAUUCGUACAUUGUAUUGAACGUCCUAUCUAAUUUGUCAUAUUAUGUGUAGAGAUAUAUCAAGUUAUUUGUGCGCGCAGUGCUAUGCGUACGUAAAGUUAGUCUUUCGCGUUCGCUCAAUCAGUAAGGGGCUAUUAGUUAGAGCAUGAACGAUCCAUUACUUCAAACCAUUUGUUGGAAAUUUAUAUAUAACUGAAUUCGGUGCUAAUAGUGUUUUAGAAAGGAUCUGCCGGGAGCACAAUAAUCUUUUCAAAACUACUCGUGUUGACAUCCACUCCUCCUCCCCUCAGGAUUAUAAAAAAAUAUUGCAUAAAUUUAUCAGUGCAGAAACCACAUAACUUACGCUUUGUUUUGAUUUAUAUCCGAAAUUGAAUUUUUAGUUUUUUUCACUUGUUUACUUCUACAUUAUAUUAGUACAAUACAUUUUUUUCUUAUUAAUACUUAUUUUGUUAUUUUUAUUAGCUAGUUAUAGUGUGUUAUCUGUUGGUGAACCUAAUAAAUAAAUAGAUAAAUAAAUAAAUCCAACUCUAGGAGCGUGGUGCAUAGACGCGUGUUUUGUGACGUCACGCUCCUGGAGCUCGACCUUAUUUGAUUGGAUAGGUAUUAUUGACAUAAUCAAAUGCGUACUAAUAAUUCAUAUUAACCUGACUAUAUAAACUUUUUCGCCGCUCACGGCGGUGCCUCAGAACGAACACGUGUUGUCUUGACGACGGCUUCAGUGUCACUGACUCACACAUUUAAAUUUUACUUUGCAUAUUUACAAGCACAUACACACAUAGCAUUGCACGCACUAAUGGUUGGUCUGUAUCUUAAUAUUGUUGGAUUUACAAUUACAAUAUUUGUUGUUGCGUUUAUAGUAAAUAAAGCUUACAAUAAUUAUUGUAUCUGUUAUUAUAUUAACUGAAAUAUAAAUCAAGUAUAUCUCUUUAUCGUAUUUUAUACUAAAAGUAGUCCUCAAGCAAACAAUAUACAACGUGGCGAUAUUAAAUAAACAGGACGUAGUUCCUGAAAAACGUUCCAAGCCACAAACAUCACAUUUUAAGGAAUUCGGGCUUAAAGUUUAAUAAAUAUAAGUGUAUUCCAUACAUGCGGGUUGGGUUACAAAGUCAUGAUGUCAUUUAAAGAGUGACAGUAGGGCUGCCUUGCCUGUUUUGUUCUUGGCUGUUUUGUCGGUCCGUUAAUAUGAAUCACGUGACCAGUUUUGUUUUAUUAACUCAAUUUCGACAUGAUUGUGGUUUCGAACGUUUUUCUGGAAUUACGUCCAACACACGGGUAGAGCUAUUUAAUCGUAGUAAAAAAUAUUUUUUAAAAUUAAGUAAUUGAAAUUUUACAUUUAAAAACAAAAUUUUGAACACGCUUAGAUGAGCGCUAUUGACCUACGAGUAGGUGUCAGUGACUACGGUAGCUCGCGGGUACUUACUUACUUACAGGGUGUUUCGAAAUUGUGUUAUGGACAAUUGGUUUAUUUAAGUGACCUGUGUAUUUUUUUUAUUUUUUUUUAUUAUUAAGGUUAAGUAGCUUUUGUGAACUCUUGUGGAUAGGUGGUCACCCCCAUUAAUUACUUAUUUUAUUAAACGUCUGUAAGGAUUAGCAAUCUAAGGCCGACUGACGCCGUAAUGUGGGAUGUGUUUCCGCCCUACGGGAUUGGUGUAAAAGAAUGUUAAGACACUUCCUGUCUUAUUAAGCAACGGAAUGAAAAGUUACUCCAAGUUUGAAAAUAACUUCUCCGUGUCAUUUAAGGAACUACGCGCACUUAUUCAGCUCUUUUCAGCCUUUGUCCAUAGAAAACAACAAUUUUGUAUAGAGACGUGUACGCGUCGAUUCAGCUUUCCGCGUCCAUUCUGCUUUCGCGGCAAACCAGCAUAAAAUCAGAAUAAAUGUGUUUUUAUUAUGCGAAUGCUAUAGAGAGCAUUCGGCGCUGUUCCGCCGCGUACAGCGCUGUUCGCCGUCGAAUGCGGCGGAACAGCUCUUUACAGGGAUGGUUCGCGAGUCCUUGUCGACAAGUUGCGACCUGUAUUGUUCCUGCAUUGAUUUGACGUAAUCAUUAUGCACGCAAAGAUUAAAGAGUGCAGAUGUGAUUUAAAGUUCCGUACGCGGCUGAUAGAAGCAGAGCUGUAUAAGUGUGACCAAAAUCGUUCAGCGAAACGCGAAUGGAGCUGAAUAAGUGCGCGUAGUCCCUUAUUCUGUAGUGAUAACGGUAAGAGACAAGCGGUGUUAUUACAAAAAAGGUAAACUCGUGGUAAACACUUUUUGUAAAAAAGUUCUAAUACAAAUCCGUGUCUCUCUGUUGUUUAGCGUCAAUCUUUAGACGUCGUUUAAAUAGUAAGACACUUUAAUAAGACACGUGUCUAAGCCAUGAUUAAAUAAUUAAGUAUUUGUAAAUAACACUGAAAAAUACCUAAAUUUGGAAUAACAUUAUUUCGCGUUUAUUAAUAAAACAGUUCAAGUAUAUUAUCGAAGGUAUAAAGUUUACAGAAACGUACCUACAGUCAGUGGUCAUUUACGGCCAUUCCCAAUAUACUAUCUACAAAUAGAGAUAAAAUACUACCUUGUACUGUCAGUAAUUAGCUGUCAAUAAUCUGAAGCUGUAACAAUAUACCCGAUAAGUCAUUCUUAUCGCCUUAUAUUGGGACGUGUGAAUUGCAAUUUCCAUACACACUUCUAUCGCUGGUAAGCUAUACGUCGUCCCAUUGACAGACAGCUUUGAUAAGGUUAUUGGGACAGAAAAGUCGGCGAUACUUUAGAUUUUUAUCUCAAUUAAGAGAUAGACUGAAUAUUGGGAACGGCCGUUAGCAAACCGUAUUUUUAUAUAUAUUUUAAAAUGGCGUUGAUUGUAUAAUGACAUUUCACUAUGUUUUUUAUUAUAUACACUACGAUUCUUAUGUUUACAAUUUUAUACGUUAAUAAUUAUACUUAUGUAUGUUAAUUCGGAAGUAUCAGAAGUAUUUAUUUUAAUUUAUAUUCAAAUGACACAGUGUAAUAUUGUGAAUAAGAAAUAUUAUUUUUUUAUUUGACAA